AUGUAUAUUAAUACCUUACUUAAAAGACUUCUUCUUCUUUCCCUGCUCGUUUACCCAGUUUUGUCAAUUGAUUUGGCGGAUGAAGCUUUAGAACCAUAUAUUUAUGAUAAAUUAUCACCAAUAGCUUGUGCUCGUUCAUUAAAUUCAACCAGUGUAAUAGGAUGUCAAUCCUUAACUUCGAGAAAUGGAAUAUUGUUAUUAACUAAAACGCAAGAAUCAUUAGAUGAUUUUAUAAAUUCAAAUCGACAAGGAAAAUAUAUUGUAAUCCUUCCAUACGAAUUAAUGACAAACAAUAAUUUAAGAUUGCUAGAAUCGUCAGGAAGGAUGUCAUGUGUACUAGCAUUAAUAAACGGUACAGAUCCAAAUUCGCCAGAUUCUUCUCCUAUAAUACCUCGACCAAUUGAUUUCUCUCCAGAUGAAAAAUGCCCAAAUUGUCAAUUUGAUUUAUACAGAAAUGAUCAAAGUAGGUAUCAAUGGAACCCAAAUGGAAUGGAAAUUCUUCAAGAAAGUUAUGAAUUUCCUAUAUUUGCAUUAUACCCUUAUGAUAAUUCAUCCACGCUCACUUAUGAAGGAAUUAUAAAGGGAGCGGAAUUUAACGAAAAAAAUUUAUUUGAAAAUUUUCCAUUAAAAGCUGCAGAACUAAAAUCUAUAAUGUUUUCUGCUAUAGAUGCAUCUACAUGUUUACGAAGAAAUUGGUGUUAUCCCAUCGGAGGGCAUUCAGUUUAUUCAACUCCAUCAUUUGAUAUGAAUGAAAAUGAUGGCAAACCUAUUAUUAUAGUUUCAGCUGCUAUGGAUAGCAAAUCAUUAUUUCGAGAUAUUACAUUUGGACUAAAUAAUGGUAUUUCCGGUUCAAUCGCUUUAUUAGCCAUAGCGGAUGCACUACAAAAGUCCCCGAUACCAGUUAAAGAUUUUAAAAAGCAUAUACUAUUUACAUUAUUUUCUGGAGAAUCAUGGGGGUUUUCGGGAUCGCAAAGAUUCGUUAAAGAUAUUUUUGAACUAUUUGACUGUAAACUAAAUAGUACAAAGCCAACAGAAGCUUGUGGUUAUGAUACUGGACGAUUCGGUGGAUGUACUUUUCCUUGUUUUGAAGAUGUAGAUUUUAAAAAAAUAAAUUUUAAUCAGAUCGAUUCUAUAUUUGAAUUAAGUAGCGUAGGAGCAAAAGGUGCACAAGAAUUAAAGUAUUUCGUACAUGUUGAUGAUGAGAAUAAUGAACAAAAUAAAUUAUUGAUUCAAGGAUUAGGAAAGUUGUCGGCUGGUGGAGAGAAGGGUGGUGUUGGGUUUGUCAGAAGUGCUAGUGAGGAUGGCGUAAUUAGAAAAUUACCACCUAGUAGUUCUAUGGCUUUUUUGGAAAAAAACAGAAAUAUACCAGCCGUGGUAAUUAGUGAUUUUCAAGCGAGUUUAAGCAAUUAUAAUAGUGAAUAUGACGAUAUAAAUGUUCUAGAUGUCCAAAGUAUUACAACUUCAAUUUGUUCCAUAUCCAAUGUAAUAUCACAUGCUAUAUGGUUACAUGCUCAAGAUUUAUUAAGUUCAGCCAAUGUAAAUGUCCCUAUUGCUGUUAAUUGUACGUUAGUCGGAGAAUUACUAAAUUGCUUAACUGUAAAUUAUUCUUGUCCUUUACUCAAUUCUUUUUAUAAUGAUAGUGUUACGGAACUUGACAGAAUAUCUCAUUCUACAGGAAUGUUUCAAUAUUCGAGUCCGUCACUUUUAUCGUUAUUUCAUUAUAAUUUUUUGGGAAAAUUAAAUGCUGUUCCAAGUGAUAUUAAUACUGAUUGUGCUAACAAUAUUGACAACGCUGUCGAUGGAAAUGGUUGUUGUGAAAGUCACGUUGAUUGUAAGUUUGGAGAAAGAUGUAUAAACUAUACAUGCAUGAAUUCUUUUACAAGGUUUCAUAAUUCUUAUGGUAUCGGGUUAGAAUUUAAUGACAAAGGUAAUGUAAUUGUUGUAGAUCCUGAAAAAGCUACAUGGGUUCAAAGUCU